GCGUGUCAAGAAAGGAAGGAGUCGGCAUUGCAACGAGGGCAGCCGCCGCCGCGGAUCUGCGCGUCCCUCUCUCCCGGUGGGUGUUUGAAGAGGGCGCCUCCAAGUCAGUUAACUCCUGACGUUUGGGGAUCAUGUGAAUGGUUGAGUUCCCAUGGUUCCGUGUGAGUUCGCCUUGCCCCACCCCAUCGCUGCCUCUCUCGCCUUUCCCUUCCUCUGUCGAAUGCAACAGUAAAAUAACAACAACAACAAUCGCAAUCCUAAUAAUAAUAAUAAAUGCAAGGGGAGGGAGAUAAAAUGGGGGAGGCAAUAAAAAGAGAGGAGGAGGGAAGGAAGUAAAUAAAAGCUCCUCAUCGGGAGAGUUAUUUUCGGUUACUGGGGAGGAGAUCCCACUUGCUUCCCCCCCCCCUCUCGUUUCUCCUCCCUUCCCUUUGCUCCCCACGUUUGCAAGGGGAAGCCAAAGGGGAUUCGGCAGUCUGGAAACCGAACGUGAAAAGCGGGGAGGAAAGAGAGCGGGGAGGGAGAGAGAAAGAGAGCAGCGCAAGCGAGAGAGGGAGGGAAAAAACGAAGAGGGCCUCGGAUCUCGGCAACCACCAUUAAGGCGGAGGAAGAAGCGACAACAGCGGCCGCCGCGGAAUAUCGAGGGGGAAAGGAGGGGAGAGAGAUACUAUUUCCCUCUCUCUCCCCGCAACCCAGCCCAGGAAAGGAAAGCGGGGACUCGUUUGGCCAGCCAGCAGCCGAAGGGUUGGCUUUGACCCCCUUCGGGCGCUGCGCCCUUUUUUGGAGAGGGAGGCGGCGCGCGCGCGCGUUGCAAAAGGAGAAGGCAGGAAGAAGAGCGAGCGAGGAAGGCGAAAGAAGAAGAAGAAAAAAGAAGACGAAAAAGAAGCAAAGGGAGAGGGAGGGACGGGAGGGGAAAGAAGAAGAAGAAAAAAGAGGAGCGAGGAAGAGAGACAAUUCUAGAUUUUCUCCGUGCCCAGGAUUUGGGGAGGUUUCUCUGCUGGGAAGCUGCUCUGCUGUCGCCGCCGCCGCCGCCUUGGACCUGGAGGAUUAUAUAUAUAAUAUAUAUAUAGAAACAGAGACGUCUCUUAAUAUUCGCAUUUCGCCCUCCCCCACCAUUGGAGGUGGCGUGGAAGCUGGAAAUAUUUUUUUAAAGACCCAAUUAUUGUUAUUAUUUUACUGCUGCAGGGGUUGGAAAAGGGGGGGAGGAAGAAGGAGGCAGCUUUUUUAACCCGUGAUCCUGCGGAGAAUUUCUCUUCUCCCCCCCCCCUUUUUUUCUUUUUUCGUGACUGCCAAUCUCCCUCCGUUCCCUACACCCCCGUCUUCUUCUAUUCCUACCCCCCCCCUUUUCCUUUUUCUCCGGAUCUGCAUUGCGAGAGGAUCUGGUCGAGGUGUGGGGGAGAAAAGAGGUUGGAGGCCCGGCUUGAGCAGUAGCAAAGUCAUCGCUCUCUUCCCCCCCCAACCCCUCCCCUCCUCCCCCCCCCAACCAACCCCGUAGUAGGCUCCGCACUCCGCUCCCUCCAUGUCUUUAGACAGCGGCAGCUGCGAGUAAAAGAAUAAAAAAGGGGGGGAAGGAGAGAGGCUCCCCCCCCCGAGAUACACACAGCCGCCUUCUCUCCAGCGAGACCCGGUUGCUUCCUGCCCCACUCCCUUUUCCUCUCUCUCUGUCUCUCGGCUGCGGGUGCCCCUUCCUUUGCGCCCCCCAACCCCCGGCCUUUCCUCCCCACCCCCACCCCUUCCCUUUCCCCCCCUUUCCAUUCCGCCCCCCCCCCAAGAUGGGCUGCUUAGGGAACAGCAAGACUGAGGACCAGCGCAACGAGGAGAAGGCGCAGCGGGAGGCCAACAAGAAAAUCGAGAAGCAGCUGCAGAAGGACAAGCAGGUCUAUAGGGCCACGCACCGGCUCCUCUUGCUGGGUGCUGGUGAAUCUGGUAAAAGCACAAUUGUCAAACAAAUGCGGAUCUUGCAUGUGAACGGAUUUAAUGCAGAGUAAGUGCAUCUAUAUUCCUACCAC